GACAUGAGUAUUUUUGUAUCUAAAAAAUAAGUGCAAGAUACUAAUGGGGAAUUGAACCUGACCUUUGUCAAGUAGCCAAAUGUUUGAUAGCGAUAGGGCGAGCAUCACGGAUAUUAUGUUAUCAUACCUCCUCCCUCCCCAAGGAGUAUCCGUGAACAUCACCUCAUGGGACCCACCAACCCAACAUUUUUAUUUAUUUAUUAUUUAAAAAACAUAAAAAAACACCCUCACACAUUACGUGUCACCCUCGCCGCGUCUCUUUGUAAAAACAUUGCACCAACGAAACAAAAUAAUACAUUUGUAUUCCUCUUUGUGGUCUCAUUUCAAUUCUUCUUCUUCUUCUUUGUUUUUUCCACAUUCUCUCCAAUCACUGUUUUUAUUGUUGUUAUAACCGUAACGUGUCAACUCACUGAUUCACUCGGUGUGUGUUCAUUCUUUCGACGGAAGCUCAAUGGAUCCAACACGAGCUUUUGUCAGAAGUGUUAAACGUGUUGUUGUUAAGGUUGGAACAGCUGUGGUUACUAGAAGUGAUGGUAGAUUAGCAUUGGGCAGACUUGGAGCUCUAUGUGAGCAGCUUAAAGAGCUAAAUAACAGAGGAUAUGAGGUUAUAUUGGUGACUUCUGGAGCAGUUGGUCUUGGCAAGCAAAGACUAAGAUAUCGCAGAUUGGCCAACAGCAGCUUUUCUGAUCUUCAAAAUCCACAAUAUGAACUUGAUGGCAAAGCAUGUGCUGCUGUGGGGCAGAGUAGUCUCAUGGCUCUUUAUGAUAUCAUGUUUAGCCAGCUUGAUGUGACUUCAUCCCAACUUCUUGUGAACGAUGGAUUUUUUAGGGAUGCAGAUUUCAGAAAACAACUAACUGAUACUGUGCACUCAUUAUUAGAUUUAAGGGUUAUCCCUAUUUUCAAUGAAAAUGAUGCUGUGAGUACUAGGAAGGCACCAUAUGAGGAUUCAUCUGGUAUCUUCUGGGAUAAUGAUAGUUUGGCCGGUCUAUUGGCCUUGGAACUCAAAGCUGACCUUCUUGUUUUACUGAGCGAUGUCGAGGGACUUUACAGUGGUCCUCCAUCUGACCCCAAAUCAAAGUUAAUUCACACAUAUGUAAAAGAAAAACAUCACUCAAAAAUUACUUUUGGAGACAAAUCAAGAUUAGGAAGAGGUGGAAUGACUGCUAAAGUUAAUGCUGCUGUUUGUGCUGCCUAUUCUGGCACACCUGUGAUUAUUACUAGCGGCUAUACUAAUGACAACAUCAUGCGAGUGCUUCAAGGAGAAAGAAUUGGUACUGUCUUUCAUAAGGAUGCUCACUUGUGGACAAGCAUAAAGGAAAUAACUGCACAUGAAAUGGCAGUUGCAGCACGCGACAGUUCGAGAAGACUUCAGAAUCUAAAAUCUGAAGAUAGGAAGAAAAUAUUGUUGGAUGUGGCUGCUGCAAUAGAGAAAAAUGAAAGUGAGAUAAGGAUCGAGAAUGCAGCUGAUGUUGCUGAUGCAGAGGAAGCUGGAUACGAGAGAUCAUUGAUAUCGCGUUUAACAUUGAGACCCGAGAAGAUUGCUAGUCUUGUAAAGUCUGUUCGCAACCUGGCAGACAUGGUAGAACCAAUUGGUCAGAUUUUAAAACGAACUGAGCUAGCAGAUAAACUCACUCUAGAGAAAAUAUCGUGUCCUUUGGGUGUACUUCUAGUUAUAUUCGAGUCUCGACCUGAUGCUCUUGUUCAGAUAGCUGCAUUGGCAAUUCGAAGUGGAAAUGGUUUAUUGCUCAAAGGAGGAAAGGAAGCAAAACGAUCUAAUGCCGUUUUACACAAGGUCAUUACUUCAGCUAUUCCAGAUACAGUUGGUGGAAAACUUAUUGGGCUUGUGACUUCAAGAGAAGCAAUUCCUGAUCUACUCAAGCUUGAUGAUGUGAUAGAUCUUGUGAUCCCAAGAGGAAGUAAUAGUCUUGUUUCUCAAAUUAAGGAUACUACAAAGAUUCCUGUUCUUGGUCAUGCCGAUGGAAUAUGUCAUGUAUAUGUUGACAAAGCAGCUAAUAUCAACGUAGCAAAGCAGAUUGUUAGGGAUGCAAAGACUGAUUAUCCUGCAGCCUGCAAUGCAAUGGAAACCCUUCUUGUACACCAAGAUCUGUCGGGAAAUGGUGGACUGGAUGAACUUAUUGCUGAACUCAAACGAGCAGGUGUUCAACUAUAUGGUGGACCAAGAGCUAGUGCCUUAUUAAAGAUUGCUGAAACAAAAUCUUUCCAUCUGGAGUAUAGUUCACUAGCUUGUACAAUUGAAAUUGUGGAUGAUGUAUUUGCUGCAAUUGACCAUAUACAUCAUCAUGGAAGUUCUCAUACUGAUUGUAUUGUUACCGAAGACAGUGAAGUUGCCGAAACUUUCUUACGUCAAGUCGACAGUGCUGCUGUAUUCCACAAUGCAAGUACAAGGUUUUGUGAUGGGGCGCGUUUUGGGCUUGGUGCAGAGGUUGGAAUAAGCACGAGUCGAAUUCAUGCCAGAGGUCCUGUAGGAGUUGAGGGAUUGUUAACAAAUAGAUGGGUAUUGAGAGGGAAUGGACAGAUUGUAGAUGGUGAUCGAAAUGUUACUUAUACGCACAAGCAACUACCAGUAGUAGCAUAAUAGCUAUGCAAUCAGUUAAAUUAGACAUUUGUUUUACAUACUAUUGGAUCAUUGUUGUUCAUCUCAUCAAACCUGCAGCCAUUUUCUGUUCUAUUUUCAUAUACAGAAGUAUGCUGGCACUGUAUAAUCUUAGUUACUAUCAUUGCCCCAUUCCAGAUUUUUUUUCUUACCUGGAGCAUGUUCAGGGGAAAGAAAAUUACUAUUUGAAUGAAUAUUAUUUGGCUGUGUACUAAAUUUUUCUUUCAUAAGUUACUGCUUGGGAUUUUGAACAGAAAUGCAGUGGCAAAUAUAGAAAUAUAUAGAUACAGCACAGGCCAUCUGAAACAGUACAUCCUUGUGUAGUUGAAUAAUUAUACAUUUAUUAUUCUUCUAUAUAA